UUACUUGAAGCAGAGCAUGUGAAAGCAUCCCACUUCCACCACCAACCCGCUACUUUCCCUUCACCAUCCCUCUCCUUUCCCCCGCUCCGUCCGCUCUCCUCCGUAUAUCGAGCAAAACAGAGUGAGUGAAGCUGUCGAGUUCUUGCGCUUCACUUUCGCUUCGCGGUCGUAUUCCCCCCCUAGUAAAAGAAAGGGGUUGGGAGGAGUUAGAGGGAAAUCUCCACGCCCUAAUGGCCAAAUCCCCCGACGACGGCGGCCGGACGAACCUGGCUUCUUGCCUGGUAGCGACGGCCUUCCUCCUCCUCGUCGUGGCCGCCGUCGCCGCCGCGCUUUUCGUCCUCUUCCGGCCACAUGACCCCGAGAUCCAGGUCUCUGCCGUCCGGCUCCCGGGCUUCGCCGCCGCCAACGGCACCCUACGCUUCGCCUUCGACCAGUACGCCUCGGUCCGCAACCCCAACCGCGCCGCCUUCUCCCACUACGACAGCACCCUCCAGCUCGUCUACGCCGGCAACCAGGUGGGGUUCAUGUUCAUCCCAGCCGGUCAGAUCGCCGGCGGCCGCACCCAGUACAUGGCCGCCUCCUUCGCCGUCAACUCCUUCCCGCUGGCCGCCGUCCCGCCCACCCCCGGGGGAACGGUCGAGGUGAAUUCGAGGAUGAGGGUCAAGGGCCGCGUCCGGGUCCUGCGGUUCUUCACGCACCACGUCGAGGCCGUCGCCGACUGCCGCGUCAGGGCCUCCUCCGCCGACGGAUCCGUUCUAGGGUUCCGGUGCUGAUCGCGCCCAAUCAGGAUCAAGGUCAAGAUCAAUUCAAAUUACAAGCAAGAAAACCAGAGCCGAAAAGGAGAGGUAAAGGCACAACUCCUCUUGUGGUCGAGGGCUUGAAAGCUAUGGUGGUAAACUGAGGUACUAAUUUAGUUGCUCAAACAUUGUUUGAUAUUGCUCAGCAGCCUUUAUCACAUGACUAGUGUAGCACACAGACUUUGCAUUUUGUUUUCCUCUCAUAUCAAUGCUCAACUCAUGGUUGGAGUUAGCAAUGGGUAAAUGUACAACUCCUCUUGUGGUUGAGGGCUUGAAAACUAUGGUGAUGAAUUAAGGUACUUGGUUACUCUAA